UUCUGUCGUUUCGUAUUGGCGGCGGGAGGGGCUCCCAUCAAACGUGCACCAGCGAGGAGCUCCUCUUUCGAUUACCGGGGAGGUGGUUAUCCUGCCCCCUUCCCUUCCGAGGCCAGCCAGCUCUGACGGAGGCGGAGGGGAAAUCUCUCCUCUGUUCCCUUCCAGAUUCUGGAUUUUCCCCCCCACCCCCUCCGGUUCUAUCGGCUCUUCUAAGUGUGGGCAGCCAUGGGGUGCGUAUUCUCUUCGAAAUCGACUUCUUCGGGCGAGAGAGGGGUUCCGGUGGUGCUGAACGUCUACGAUCUAACGCCGUUGAACAACUACAUGUACUGGUUUGGCGUGGGAAUCUUCCACUCGGGGAUAGAAGUUCAUGGUUUGGAGUAUGCAUUUGGAGCCCAUGACUAUCCAAUAAGUGGUGUGUUUGAGGUGGAGCCAAAGAACUGUCCUGGAUUCAGCUAUAGAUGUUCUAUUUCCUUGGGUCAUGUAAAUAUGCCUCCCUCUGAAUUUCGGGCGUUCAUAGAGAAUAUGGCUGCAGAUUACCAUGGAGACACCUAUCAUCUCAUUUCCAAAAACUGCAAUCACUUUACGGAUGAUGUUAGUUUGAGGUUGACUGGAAGACAGAUCCCUGGUUGGGUUAACCGGCUUGCACGACUAGGUACUCUUUGCAAUUGUCUUCUACCUGAAAGCCUCAGAUUACCAGAUGCUAAACAGAUCUCCGAGUACCACGGCUUCUCAGAAGAUGUCUCCGAAUCAUUUUCAUUCAUCACGACAACCACACAUGAUCCUAUAGAGAGUGAUGAUGCAGACCAAGCCAAACAUCUUCUCUCACCAUCUUCAGACAGGGAGGUGACUUCUGUAAAAGAGCUUUGCAGGUGAAAUCUUGAUCACCCUUCUGAAACCAUCAUCCAUUUAGUUUCCAGCUUGGAGGCGGCUUUGUGCCAUUGUUAUUUGUGUUCUUAGGAGGUUAAGGUUUUUUUACCCUUUCCGUCCUAUACGUCAAUUGCAUUUGUCUGCUAACAUAUAUUCAUGGUGUUUUGGCCUUCUUAGAGUGAAUUCUUUUAUUAUUCGUUUCUGUUUGUUGGUGAAAGUCGAAACAAUUUAUUUGUAAUCAAGGUGAAAACCUUGAAAUGAUGGUCUAAUUGGGAAAUGAAACUCCAGGUGUUCAAACUUUGGUUUGUAAAUUCGUAGCUUUGAUGCUGUA